GUCACCUGUCUAGUUUACACAGUUCACCUGCUCUGAUUAUUGAGGUAAGAUGCCUGAGAAAGCCCACGUCUUACAAACAUAUUCUAUAUCUAUGUUUCCAGUCACCUCAAGUUUGUGAAAACUUUUUUAUUGGUAAGAUGGUAAUCAUUUACUUGUUUUUCUUACUUCAAACGCGGAAGUUUUUCGAUUGUGAGUGACUCAGCCGCCAAGCACACUCCAUCAUGCCGCCAUCAUUUUUAACACACUCGCCAACUAUGUAUCAUCGAGGGUGAUGAAAGGCCUCCUCCAGACGACAGAUCGAGACGAAAUUUGUGGAUGAAGAGAUCACGUGAUGGACAACUUAACACAGGUUAAGCAUGAUGAUCCACAGGACUCCAGUCUUCCAGAAGGCGCGGUGUUGCUGAACUCAGCUUCUGAGGCCGGUAACUGGCAUCUGGUCAGAAAUGUCAUCUCCGAUGCUGACGUCUCACCCAGCGACAUCAGACAGUCUUUUCUCUUACAGAAACUGGAGUCUGCGACUAUUGAUCAUCAUCUUGUCAGAGAAAUUCUCAAGAAAAUAUUUUCAAGCAAAGCAAGUGUUCAGACGAUGAAAAGCAUCGCCCAAGACGUUUUGAUUAAAGCGGCUCACUGUGACAACUGGGAAUUCCUGAUUGAUUUUCUCCUGACGACUGAAUCCUUGUUUGAUGACGAGACCACCCUGCUGUCAGUAGUACGUCUAAUGUCUUCAAGUCAGAUGCUUCAGGCAAACCCUUUCCUACAUAUGGACGUUUUUACUGCACUGUGGAGACAUGCAAAUCAGAAGAUUAUCGACAGCGAAGACAAGAGUGUUCAAAACACCUUGGUACAGAUGGCGGCGGAACUCAGCAUGUGGUCACGUGUCUGUGACCUUCUCGUCACCAAACCGGACCUGAACCUCCUCGACAGGGAAGGUCUGUCAGUCCUGCACAGACUCGUCAUGUGUCCUGACAGCAGGUUCGACUCUCUUCUUCCGGUUCUUCUGGAAAAUGGCGCCGACGUCCACAUCAAGACCAAAAAGGGAGACACAAUCUUGCAUCUGACUGCAAAACAUCAAAAGAUCACAAAAUCAGAUCCGCCUUUACACCUGCCAGACAGCAAAGACCAGGAUAAACGAGAGCAGACUAAGACCAAGAUUUUUGGAAGAAAUAAAUCGCAGUCAAUCUUUGAUGAUGUCAACAGCACAGACUGUAACGGUUUCAUACUUCUACACAAAGUGUCCCAGUGCUGUUCGUCAUCGUCAGUGGCUGUCAUUCGAGGUCUUCUCAUGAAAGGAGCAGAUAUAGACAAGAGAUGUCCAGGUGGGGAUACAGCACUUCAGUUGGCGGCUAAGAGUGUGGCACUUGGCAGUAGGUUGUUAACCAGAGGUGCGUCGCUCGGUGAACGAGAUUCAGAGGGAUACACAGUAUUGCACAGACUUGCCCAGAUGCACCUUGCCCUAAAGAUGAGAUGGAAACCUGCAGCUUCUUGCAAAUGCAAUCUUGAUGUCAGUGCGCGAGACCCAGAAGGCAACACGCCGAUACAAGUUGCUGCUAAAGCACGGGAACAUGGACAUGGUGAGCGGCUCUUGGAGUUUCACGACAACGUCAACGAGACUGACAGCGAGGGCUUCACCUUGUUGUCGAGAGUCGCUCAGAGCUUGUCUCCCAGAUCAGUUAUCUCCCUUUUGGAACUAGGACUGGUCUCCCGUCAGAAUCACGAUGAAGAUGAAGAUGACGAAGAAGAUUCAGCCUCACCGACAAGACUGGCAGUUGUAACCAAAAACAUUCCUGCUCUGAAAAUCCUGAUUGAAUGUGACGUCAGCUGUAACUCCGAGCUCCGAGCCCUCAACGCCGAGUAUCUGCUGAAAAAAGCCCAAGACGCAGAGAGGAACGAACCCUCAGAUCGCCUCAAACAAAUCUGCUUGAUUCUGGAGCAGGCAGCCACUCAGCCCCGAUCUCUGCAGUCUCUCUGUCGGGUCGCAGUGUGUCGCUGUAUACCGUGCGGACUGAGCAGACGAGACAUGGUUCAGUCCCUCCUCAUUCCCAAAGUGGUGCAAAACUAUCUCCUGUUUGCUGAUGAUAUCUCUCAUCCUGAUAUAUUAACCAAUAAGGAAAGCAGUCAGAAGCUAAAAGUCCAAGUAACAAAUGCUGCCGUUGAGGCGGCAAGGUGUGGCAACUGGGACACCUUGAUAGUAUUUCUGUGGUCAGUAGAAGGUUUAUUGGAAGAUGACAGCAGCCUUCGGUCAGUAAUACUGACAAUAGCCGAUAGUCAGACUCUAAGGGAGAAACGUUACCUCCAUAUAGACGUUCUCAGUGCAGUCUGGAGAAAUUCAAAGCAGAGGAUUCUGGACAGCACUGACAAGACAGUCCACAACAUCUUGGUGCAGAUGGCGGCGAAAGUCAACAUGUGGUCACGUGUCUGUGACCUUCUCGUCACCAAGCCGGACCUCAACCUCCUCGACAGGGAUGGUCUCUCAGUCCUACACAGACUCGUCAUGUGUCCUGACAGCAGGUUCGACUCUCUUCUUUCCUGUCUUCUAGAAAAUGGCGCCGAUGUUAACCUUAAGACCGCCAACGGAGACACAGCUCUGCACCUGGCCACCGAACAUCAGAAGUUACGCAAAGUUGAAUAUAUUCUACGAAAUAAGAAUGCGGAAUCCAAAAACAAAGCAUUAGAACUACUUUUUAAAGAUUGCCGAAACGUGGACGAUAAAAAUCGUGAUGGGAAGACAGCGGCCAUUCUUGCUGCAAGAAUCGAGAACUGGCAUUUCCUCAAACUCUUGCUCAAACAUGGAGCAAAUCACGACAUUAGUGAUCGGGACAACCGUAAUGUUUUACACAGACUUGCCUUAGCUGACAGCAAACAUGUAGAAGAGGUUAUGCCUCUUUUUUCUCUUCUUAAAUCCCGAGAUGCAAAUAUAAAUGUAACAGGACCCAGUGGCAACACCAUCGUGCAUUUAGCCGCAAAGAAGAAGAACUGGAAGCUACUUCAAUACUUACUGCACCUCGGAGCCUGUAUAAACUCUCAUAAUCAUGAAGGUUUCACAGUUAUACACAUCCUUGCAUCUGACCACUUGUUAGAAACUGAUCACACAAAGGUAUUGUCUAUCCUUGACCUUCUUCUCGAGAAAGGAGCUGACCUGUCUUCCCUGCUCACAGGAAUGGCUACCAGCCGAGGAGAAACCUUUAAGAAAGGUCAGAAUCAUCGUAAGGUCCUGUCUGUUUUGAAUAUGUCUUCAACUCUCGACAAACAUGAAGUUUUCUGUCAUAUCCAUCGGGCAGCUGCUGCGGGGAAUAUAGAUGUCGUGCACAUACUGCUCAACAACUUUGAUGAUGUCAACAUGGUGGAUUACGAUAGGUUCACAGUUCUUCAGAGAGUAAGUCAGUCUUGUCUAUCAUCACCAGUGACUGUAAUAGAACGACUUGUCAAAAAAGGGGCAGACGUCAAUAAGGAGUGUCUGGAUGGUAACUCUGCUCUACAUCUCGCGGCAAAAAGCAACAACUGGCUGGCUGUCCAGGCCCUUUUAAGUUACGAAACUACAGCCAACAUCCCCGACAACGAAGGUAUGACAGUUCUUCACAGAUUUCUGAGUCGGCCGGACGUGCCAUGUGGAUUGUGUUCUCAAAGUUCUCCAGAUAAUCUUCUGACCAAGAUCUUAAAAAACGAUGCGUUGAUUAACCAGAGAGAUCGCAAUGGCCAUACUCCCCUCCAUCUAGCUGUUAAGUUUGAACAUUGGGACAAGGUAGCUGCUUUGUUGAACAGUGGAGCUUGUGUUAGCGAUAAAGACAACUCAAGAUGCACUGCCCUGCACAUGCUUUCACAGCGCCAAGAUUCUCAAAAUCUCGGUUGUAAAAUGUGCAGAGGUUGGAAACUUCAUUUAGACAGGUCUGAGCUUUUUAUCGACAGUCAAAUCGUCAUUGAUGAUCGAGACGAAAACGGUAAUACAGCGCUGAUGUUAUCAGCGAAACACAACAACUGGGACAUCACAGAGCGACUUCUACAAACAGGUGCUGACCCCUGCAUACUGGAUAGUAACGGGUUGUCUGUCCUGCAUGUUCUGGUUUCUGUAACCCCGAAAUAUGGCAACAGUUUGUUAACUCAGGAAAUGCGAAAGAAUUUUCUGGAACUGUUAAUCUCACGUGGUGCUGACGUCAAUGCACAUGACCCAGAACGCAACACGCCGAUACAAGUGGCUGCGAAGCACGGGAACAUGGACAUGGUGGAGCGGCUCUUGGAGUUUAAAGACAAUGUCAACGAGACUGACAGCGAGGGCUUCACCUUGUUGUCGAAAGUCGCUCAGACCUCGUCUCCCAGAUGUCAGCACAUCGCCAAGCACCUGUUGAAGAAAGGUGCUGACGUCAACAUGACGUGUCCUGACAUCCAGACUUCAGGCACGACGACACCACUGUUACUAUCUGUCAACUCCAGUAACUGGCCAGUGACAUUAUGUCUGUGUAAUGCAGGUGCUGACAUCGAGGCGUUCUGCAGUUUUGACCAAAUUCUUCACCGACUUAUGCAGUCUAUUACUUCUGAUAAUAUCAGCAUUAUCCUACUGCUGAUAGGCCUUAUACUGGAGGAAAAUGAAGACGUUAUCUUUCAUCGAAGUUCGGAGGGCCAGUCAGUGAUGCAACUAGCUUUCAAUAAAAAAACUAUGGACAUUCUUGUGAGCUUCGUUGUAAUUGACAUACACCUGGAGCCAGAAGCGCUGGUGGACGAGAUGUGUUCGAGUACCUGGCAGACUGGGGCAAUCCGCUCGGAUGAUCCAGAUUGGAUUUUCCAUAAUACAGAAUAUUGA